UGUUCAUAUCAAUAUGGCUUCUGUCAGUCACACAAAGGCAAAUGAUAUUUUGCUGUGAAAUGCGGGCUUGCUGAUUAAAGAGGACGGCAGAGAGAGGGAGAGAGAGACUCGGAGGGAGGCUGUCGGUCAUGUCGCGGUGUGUUUGGUGACGGAGGGACUUGAACGACGCGGUGGUGGUUGUUGUUGUUGUUUUGUUUUGUUGUUUUUUUUUUUUGCUCCGGGACUAAAAGAAAAUUACUGCAAAAUAAAUUAAAUGUUAUGGUGGACGGAGGCCCAGCUGAAGAAUGUCACAUUACACCGACGAGCCUCGCUUCACCAUCGAGCAGAUCGAUUUGCUGCAGCGGCUGCGCGGGAGCGGCAUGACGAAGCAGGAGAUCCUGUGCGCACUGGACACACUGGAGCGCCUGGAGCGCGAGCACGUGCAGAAGUUCGGCCCGCGCCACUCCUACGCAGGAGCGACUCGAGGAGUCAACAGCCAUGGCAGCUCCAGUUCGGUUGCUCCGUCCAGCACCGCUCCUACUCUGUCCUCGUCCGCCAGCGUGGCCACGCAGACCGUUUUCCACGGCGGCACUCCGUCGCCGUCUCCAACCAGCUACGACACCUCUCCACCCCCGACCAUCGCCGUGCCCAUGGGCGUGGUAGCGCCAGCGGCUCAGAACGGCCGUGACUGCUUGGCGCCCGUCAGCAACGGGAAGCACUCGCCUCCCCAGUACCCCGUAUCCGCUCGGGCCUUCGGCUUCGAACCGGCUGAGGAGGAAGUAGACAUCGAUGACCGGGUGGAGGAGCUCAUGAGAAAGGAUAGUAAUAUAAUUAAAGAGGAGAUCAAGGCCUUCUUAGGGAGCCGGAGAAUUUCGCAAGCCGUCGUCGCCCAAGUCACAGGCAUCAGUCAGAGUCGGAUCUCCCACUGGCUCCUGCAGCAGGGUUCCGAUCUGAGCGAGCAGAAGAAGAGAGCUUUCUACCGGUGGUACCAGUUGGAGAAGACCACGCCCGGAGCCACUCUGGCUAUGAGACCCGCCCCCAUGGCGCUGGAGGACAUCGUAGAGUGGCACCAGAGCGCUCCACCCAUCAACUGCAGCCCCGGGAGCUUCCGUCUGCGCCGCGGCAGCCGCUUCACCUGGAGGAAGGAGUGUCUCGCCGUCAUGGAGAGUUACUUUAACGACAACCAGUAUCCUGACGAGGCCAAGCGGGAGGAAAUCGCCAACGCCUGCAAUGCUGUGAUACAAAAACCAGGAAAGAAGCUUUCCGAUCUAGAGCGGGUCACGUCUCUGAAAGUGUACAACUGGUUUGCUAACCGGCGAAAGGAGAUUAAGAGAAGAGCCAAUAUAGAAGCAGCAAUCCUGGAGACUCAUGGGAUCGACGUGCAGAGUCCAGGCGGUCAGUCCAACAGCGACGAGAUCGACGGCAACGACUUCAGCGAGCCGGGCGCCGAGCCGGGGUUAGGGACGGACGAGAACACGGGGACGAGCGAGCACCAGGACCCCAUCAGCCUGGCGGUGGAGAUGGCGGCGGUCAAUCACUCCAUACUGGCGCUGUCACAGCAGGGCAGGGGCGGCAACGACGUCAAGGCCGAGGUGCUCAAUGAUGACUGAGGACUCUUCCACACACACACACACACAUAUAUAUACACACACACAUACCAUCACAUACAUCACAUACACACUGUAUCUGCCAAAGGAGGAGACGGUACUGGGAUGAGGAGGCGGGGACUGAUGUGACUCUUUAAGACUCGCUAGUUUUGCAACUCCAACCUAUGCAUCGCCAUGAAAUUUAAGCUUUUUAAUAAGCGCAUAUGUUCAAACUGAAUGUAAUAUUUUUGGGGAAUAUUAUACAUACACGCCGUUUAGUCCUCCUUUUCUUCGAAAGCCUCGAGGGAAACGAAUAGUCUUAAAUGCGUGCUAGUCAUGCUAGUUCGAUUCCUCAGGCCUUCGUACAAACAAACAAAGCCAUCAAUUUGAGAAAAGGGAAAACGCCGUGUCGUGACUCGUGACCAAAGCCGAAGAGGAGUCAGUUAAUCUCACGCCACCCCAAUCGACUUUCCUCCUACAGCCAUAAUCUCUUUUACUGUAAUAUUUAAACAGAGGCUCUGUGAAGUAGAAAUGCACCACUGGCAGAAUUUGGUAAUUACAUUUUUUUUAAUUUAAUUUUUUAGUUACCUCUUAGCACCUUUAACUGUUCCUUUAAAGGAGCCGGUUGUCAGUUUCAGCGCCCUCUGCUGCCUGUCGAUUAAAUUACAGUUGCGGUGAAAACAGUGACCCACCUUCCGUUUUCCCCGCACCGACUCCACCCCCUUUACCGAAACCUUGUGAUGCGAAAUCGCAUCACAUGACGCAUCACAAAUCUUUUUUUUUUUUUUUUUUUUCAACUUCAGUUUAAUUUUCAUGAACGUUGACAACCAAAAUGGAGAAAGUGUUCAUCUUAGCUAUGUAUGUAAUAUUAACGAAGAUGAAAAAAAUUAUUGUAUUUAAAAAAAAAGAAGAAAAAAAAAGAAAAGAAGCAUGGGAUGCAGCUCGUCAGGAGGCGGGAUUAGAUUAGAUUAGAUUAGAUUAGAUAGUAUGAGUAUCUUUUAAACGCUGAGUCACAGCAAUCAGUCACAGCUCACACCGAGUGAGACUUCACCUUUACUAGAACACUUUUGAGUAAAAAGUGUCACUCACCCACACGGUUUUCCUUCUCUGAAACCCCUCUGCUAUCUCUCUCUCUCUCUCUCUCUCUCCGUCUCCUCCUCGGCUGUACAUCACCUCCUGGCCUGACAUCGUGGCCUGUUGCCGUCUAGCUACCUGUAAACAUGAAUCUCCUCAGUAGUGAGAUCUGGUCCUGAGAUCACAUGAGCCUUAUCAAUGAUCAUGUGCUUCAUCAUCAUCAUCAUCAUCAUCAUCAACACUCGCCCAGGGUCUGCUACACAUCUUUAAGCAAUCGGACAAAUGCUGUUAACCGUACCAUGUGUAACCUCAUAGUAUUCUGUAUCAGGGUGCUGUACUCAACUCUACAGAGCGUCGGGGUUAACACCGAGGCCCCGAUUUACCGAGAAAAAUAGGCGUCGUUUUAAACAUAAAAAAAAACAAAACAACAAUAUGUAAAUUAAGUUUUUACGCAUCCAAUCAAAAUAAGGUCGGACUUUUAGUUCGGAAACUAACACGCAGUGAGCGUUCUCUCAGAGUGGGCGGGGCAUACUCUCUUUCCACCGUCAAUCAUGACGACACACCAAUCCCGGGUGUGUGUGACGUCAUGUAUAUGAGGAAGAGGGCAGAUCAAGUUUUCAGAAAGAUGUGUAUAUAUAUAUAUAUAUAUAUAUAUAUAUAUAUAUAUAUAUAUAUAUAUAUAUAUAUUAAGGGUGCAAACGGUGUACGCUUAAUGGUUCCACCCCUGCGAAUAGGAAUGGUACAGUCCGGUACCGUUUUUCCAGAGAGUGUAGAGUCAAUUAAAAAGAAAAAAAAAAAAAAACGUUUAGAAACUUUUAUACAUAGAAAUCACCCAAAACUCGAUUUUAAUUAAGGCAAACACACACACACACACACACACACACACACAACCGAACAAUACAUGCUGUUUUGUUCAUUUGAAAGAUUCGAUGGUUGUUGUUUUUUUUUUUUUUUUACACACACUGAAACCUUUUAGUAAAUCAGGGCCUGACUCUGUAGAAGCAGCGCUUGGACCGGAGGACGGACGCGGGCGAAUGUUCAGAGCGUGUAGAGUCAGUGCGUGUAAACGCGGUACCGCGACUUCUGAGGCACUUAAAUAACGUCAGGCUACAUUUCUCAAUUCAGAUGGUUUGAACAAUUUCAUCCAAAUUAUCGCUGGACAUCAAGAACGGCGGUGGAAUUCACCGCUAAAAGAAAAACACUUGGCCAAAAACGUCCGUCCUUGUCCGAUCCGGAUAGGGAUAGCGCGUAAACGUCGAUUUCUGGCCGAUUUCAAACGUGAAACGAGGUCCACGGUCAAAGAUGAGCGUACGAUUUAGCGUCUGUAACGUGACCGAACGAACGUCAGAGAGGUUUAACUUCAGAAAUGUUCCCGAGGUCAGCAGCAAGGAAUGUUAAAAUUGUGGAACUGAAAAAAAAAAACAUUUUCAGCUCUGCUGUUUGUAUUCGCGUAUCGUUCCUCUGGAGUAUAAAGCUCCCUAAAAAGUCCGCCCUUUUUUUAAUUUUCUUUUUUUUUUAACCUUGUUAAUUCAAGAAGCGCAUUUCACUUUAGGGUUGAAAUGUGAAAUCGAAAAGCGGCAUUUGACAAUCUUUAACUUCCCCGAGAUCGCUCUCGAAUGAUCCGCUUUCCCCUCCCCCCUCCGACGUUUUGCUGCACUUGAUACUUAUUUCGGUACAUUUGAAAGCGUUCGCGCUCGUCAACUCAAGUCUGACGUCGAUGACCUCGGCUAGCGAUCUCUUUCCUCACGAUCCGUCGGACGUCUAGCCGGUUUUGUGUUUAGAUCCCACUCCACCCUUUACUGAUGAUGUCCAGAGAGGAACCCGAACGGUACCAGAACCCAAAUCGUCUGAUCAGGGUGGACGAGCAGUCGACGCGGUCUAUGUUUAACGGGAAAUCGGGAGCUUGACUGUCCUGUCGAUCUGUCCAUGUUCAAUAUGUGAAUAUAUUAAAAUAUAUAUAUAAAUAUAAAUAUAUAUAAAUAUUAUAUGACGCAAAUACUGUUGUAUCAACUACAGAUAGUUAAAUCCUGUAACUCCUAUUUCAGAAUUUAGUGCCUUUUUUUGGACAGUAGACUGUUCAGUAAUGAAUAUGUAGUAUAUGUAUGCUUUAUCACUUUUUUAAGACUUUUUUUUUUUUUUUUUUUUUUUUUUAAAACCUGUGUUUAUUUUAGUACUGUAUCUUCUAGAGAAUAAAGUUUAAAUCAAC